GAGGAAUGGAACAAGAAAGCAGUGCCAGCCCAGGGCACUGUUACUGGGUGCGCUUGGAGAAAAGUUUGUUCACGUCUGCCUGCUGAAUUCUUGAGUUUUAUCAACACUGGUAAUAGUGUUAAAUUCACCUGCUGCAGUGACACAGAGAUCCCUCUGAAGGAUUCAGCUCCCCCAGGUCAUUUGCUUUGGGAUUUAAUAGCAGACUGAGAGAGAAGAAAACUCCGAGAACUUGGAACUUUGCUUCCCCAGCAGGUUAUGCUAUUCUCAGCCCUCAGCUGAGCUGAAAGAGCAGCAGCAAGUCAAGAAAGGCCAGACUGCAUGGCCAUACAAUGCAGUUAUUUUGGUUUCUCAUUCAAAUGCAUACCUUGAAACAACACAGCAGCAUAGUGCUGCCUGGAUUGUGACACCGAAUGACCGUGGCAUACCUGCAAUCAGUUACAGCAAGUCAGGUAUGAGUCCUACCAUCAGAGCAGCUAUACUGAGAUUAAUUAGUGUGUUCUACGGCUAGUUAGGGGACAUCAGAUGUCAGCACUAUCAUUCCUGGCUCUAUCCUUUGCACUCUUAAAAUGCUUUAAAAUGUCUUGUCCUGGGCUCCUACCCUGUGCUAAGCUUUAGCUCAUUUAAAGAACUAUUAUUUUUUCCAGGAGAUGAGUAAAUCUGGUUCUUCCCCUCGGGCCCCACGCUUGAAUUGGCUGUCACUACGCUACUCUUCAGAAAGGGGAGUUGAAAAGUAAAUAAGACAACCUAGUGGCUAGUGACAAAGCCACAUGAGAAGCCCAGUUCCAAAAUUCAGGACUUCUGGCUAUAAAGAAACACAGCUACAGCUCUGGUAACUGAACCCAGCAUCAGUGGGAACACCUCCCCUCACUAAUGCUUGCUCUAUUUUAAAUAUGCUGCUUGUUUGUUCUACGUAUGAAAGAUUCAUUUUCUUAAAGCUGUGCUUGGAGAGCCUCCAUCCACUGACAGACCAUCCCACAAACCCUCCGUAGCUCUGCUUAUGGACUCCUUCAAAGAAUUCCUUCUGGAGCUGAGAGGAACUUUGUCUCCGACCUGGAGUGCUGAGUGCAGAACUCAACACGUGUGGGUUUGUGGGACAUUUGCCUUGGGCUCCUUGCACGGGAGGAAGGGAUGGGAGGGAGGUGAGUCAUUCAUUAACUCGAUAAGAAGAUUCCAUAUGAUUUGUGUUCUCCUAUGGAAUGUGUAUGUGUGGCUGAUUAAUCUUAAUGGAGUCUCUGUGCAGAGGGGAAGAUAAAGCCUCUGGAAUCUCUCACGCAAUAAAGUAUCUUGUUCAUUCUUGCUGUAGGACAGAGAUUGUUUAGUACGACUCCCUGCAUAGCUUACUACUGUGUUAAGACCUCCCACCCCAGAUGCAAUGCACCCUUUUGAAGACAGUCAAUUAAAAAUACAAUACAAGAGCUAUCGAAUGACUCCUUCAUUCUUGGGGGCAGUAAGGACAAAUCGGUUCAGAGGAAUGAGAAGCAUAGGUUGAGAAGCUGGCAUUCACCUCAAUUUUGAGUGGCUGAAAAGUAAGCAUCCUUCCCAUGACUUCACAGUCUGGUUUGUACUCCCAACCUUGCAAAAAAAAUCAAACAUAGAGCCAGAAAGACAUCAGCCUCAAUAACAGCUCCUUGCCUCACUUUCUCCUCUUCCCCCCUUUUCUAAUUCCUUCAAGUUUUUCCACGCUACAAGCUGUGAGAUGAGGGACAGCUUUGCAAAGUGAAGCAUACCUCUGUGCAAGCCACGAACACGUGAGUUCCUCCUCCUGCUUCUCAGCAGCAGUCAGCAAACAAAGCACUCUGCUUGGAGGACACGGGGCUGCCUCCAGCAGCAAACCCAGAAGGCUGUACCAAGCAGACUCGAGGCCAUGCAAAGGAUGCACUCAGCCUGGCCCAGAUGCAAGAGCAGACCCUGCAGCUGGAGCAGCAAGCCAAGCUGAAGGAGUACGAAGCUGCCAUAGAGCAACUGAAGAACGAGCAGAUACGGGUGCAAGCAGAAGAGAGACGAAAAACACUCAGUGAGGAAACAAAACAGCAUCAAGCACGAGCCCAAUACCAGGACAAAUUGGCACGGCAGCGCUAUGACGAACAGAUGCGACAGCAGCAACUUGCUAAUGAAGAGAAUCUGAGGAAGCAGGAAGAAUCUGUACAGAAGCAGGAAGCCAUGAGGCGUGCCACGGUAGAGCGUGAGAUGGAGCUGCGACAUAAGAACGAAAUGCUGCGUGUUGAAGCAGAGGCAAGAGCUCGUGCCAAGGCUGAGAGGGAGAAUGCAGACAUCAUCCGGGAGCAGAUCCGCUUAAAGGCUGCAGAGCAUCGCCAGACAGUGCUGGAGUCCCUCAAGACAGCAGGGAUGCUCUUUGGGGAAGGAUUCCGUGCCUUCGUGACAGACUGGGAUAAGGUCACAGCCACGGUGGCUGGCCUAACCCUGCUGGCUGUGGGAGUUUACUCUGCCAAGAAUGCCACUGCAGUAGCAGGGCGAUACAUAGAAGCACGUUUGGGUAAACCUUCACUGGUGAGAGAGACCUCACGCAUCACUGUGCUGGAGGCACUGAAGCACCCUAUCAAGGUUGGUAAACGUCUCACCAGUAAGGCCCAGGAUGCCCUUGAAGGAGUUGUUCUCAGUCCCCAAUUAGAAGCACGUGUGAGAGAUAUUGCCAUAGCAACAAGAAAUACAAAAAAGAACAAAAGCCUAUACAGGAAUAUUCUGAUGUAUGGUCCUCCUGGCACUGGAAAGACACUUUUUGCCAAGAAAUUAGCUGUGCACUCAGGCAUGGAUUACGCCAUCAUGACGGGUGGUGAUGUUGCCCCUAUGGGGCGGGAAGGAGUGACUGCCAUACAUAAGCUCUUUGACUGGGCAAACACCAGUAGGAGAGGCCUCUUGCUAUUUGUGGAUGAAGCAGAUGCAUUUCUGAGGAAGAGAGCCACGGAGAAAAUCAGUGAAGAUCUCAGAGCAACGUUGAAUGCGUUCCUGCACAGAACAGGGCAGCACAGCAACAAGUUUAUGCUUGUUUUAGCAAGCAACCAGCCCGAGCAGUUUGACUGGGCUAUCAAUGACCGAAUAGAUGAAAUGGUGAACUUUGAUCUGCCCCAGCUGGAAGAGCGAGAGAGGCUCGUGAGGAUGUAUUUUGAUAGGCAUGUCCUGAAGCCAGCCACAGAGGGUAAACAACGUUUGAAGCUGGCCCAGUUUGACUAUGGCAAAAAGUGCUCGGAGAUUGCCAGGCUGACAGAGGGCAUGUCUGGCCGAGAGAUCUCCCAGCUUGCUGUGGCAUGGCAGGCUGCAGCCUAUGCAUCAGAGGACGGCGUUCUGACCGAGGCCAUGAUUGAUGCUCGGGUCGCCGACGCCGUGCAGCAGCACAGGCAGAAGAUGGAGUGGCUGAAAGCAGAGGGUGCAGAAGCAAGCAAAGAAGGGGUCAGAACCCCACUGCUGCCUUUCCCCAAAGGAACGCCGGUGUGAGAAGCACCUCCAGGCUGCAGACCGGCGUGGGUGGGGGUGUGGGCAGAGGAGGAGGGUGGGGAGUGUCUUUUGGGGCGAAUUGUUGGUGGAAUCAUGUGUUGUGAGCAAUGGUGCCCCUUGGUGCAAGGAAAGGGGGAGGGAGCGCUACCUCAGUCUGCCUUUCGUUUCGUGUUUUAAGGAUGCGAUGGAAAAAGGAGAAAUGGUUGAAAUAAGGCAGAAAUAACGGUAUUAAAGGACCCCCUUGCUCAAA